GUUGAGCAUGGCAAUGUUACGUCCCAGCGAUAUGUGUAUGACAUUUUGGAGCUCUAUUUUCAUCCCUACAUAAAAAGAGAUCUCGGACUAAUUUUUCAGCAAGACAAUGCCCGUCUACAUAUUGCCAGAAAUACAUUAAACUUCCUAGACGCUUCCCAUGAGAAUUUACUGCCUUGGCCACCCAGAACUUCGGAUCUUUUCCCAAUCGAAUAUGAUGGGGCAACGCUUAAGGAAUUUACCGCGCCCUCAACGGACUCUUAAUGAACUAAGACAUCAAAUUCAGUUCGUGUGGGAUGAGAUACCACAAGAAAAUGUCGAUAACCUUAUUAGAUAUAUGCCACGACGUGUCAAUAAAUGUCUUAAUCAUCAAGAGGGGAUCCGAUUUCUGACAAUUUAUGGUUUGAGACUUUUGUCUAGUUUUUUAAUCAAUUACUAUUCUGUAAUAGGUUAAUAUUUUUAUAAAAAAAAUUUGGAAUAAAUCAAUUAUAUCCAGGUGUUGCGGUUUUUUGCACGCAGUAUAUUUUGGUAACGUUAAUACUAAAUAUGUUGUUUAUUUUAGUACAUAAACGCGGAAUAUUAUUUGUCUUAUUAAUAUUAUUUAUUCUGCUGACACUUAUAUACAAUUUGGUUGUAACAGAUAAGAGAGAAAAUAUAGAAAAUAUCAUAUCCUAUUCUAUGAAAGGUGACUUAUAUUGUUAUUCGACUUUAUCUCCUUCUUUAGAAGAUAUUUUGGAAAUGGAUGUAACCGGAGAGAAUUCAAUAUUCUUUUGGGAAACUUCUUGUAAUUCACAAAAAAAUGGAAAAAUAAUAUUAAAUCCUCGGCAAGCUUGUGCAGUAGAAUCGGCGGCGAAAAUGAAUCCUGGAUACAACAUAUAUUUAAUUUAUGUGUCACCUGGUCAAAUAAAAAACGAAGGAACCGAAUCUGAUCGAGUAAUCAAUGUUUUGCUAUCAUACAAAAAUAUUCAUAUAGUUCAUAUUAAUAUAUGGAGACUCAUUAAGGGGUCACCAGUAGAAAAUCUAUUUUUGAGUGGGAAGCUGGAAAAAUCUAAAUAUCCAAUUACACAUGCAAGUGAUAUUAUAAGAUUUUUAACCAUGUGGAAAUUUGGAGGUAUCUAUUUAGAUUUAGAUAUGAUAUUUUUGAAAAGUUUUAAAACACUUCCCAAAAAUUUUGGAACUGCUGAAUCAACUAAAAUAAUAAAUUCUGCCGUCAUGGGAUUUGAAAAUAAAGGUUUAGGCUUAUCUUAUGUAAUAUCUUGUUUAAAUGAUUUAAAUAGUACAUUUAACGGACAAGCAUGGGGUUAUAAUGGACCAGAUUUAAUAACACGAUUUUCCGAAAGAAAAUGUAAAACGAAAAACUUUAGUGCAUUAAAAGUUUGUGAAGAUUAUACAGUUCUUCCUCAAAAUGCAUUCCAUCCUAUUCCCUGGAAUAAAUGGCAAAAGUAUUUUAACGAAACAUACAAUACAGAAGUUCGAAAAAAAAUUAAAAAUAGUUAUGGUAUACAUGUUUGGAACAAAAAUAGUAUACAAUGGAAGCUUUCCCUUAAUUCAAAUGCGACAUAUAUGACACUAGCUAAAAAAUUUUGUCCUAAUGUAAUAAAAGAACUACAUGAUUAUUUUUAGCCAGUGUAAAUAAUAUUAUCAAAGUUGUCAAAUUUAUUAAACGUCCUAAAUAAUACUCAGAAGAAUUUUACAUAAAUUAGGCCAAUUUGUAAAAUUCGAAUGGUCUGAAUCGGUGACUCUCAAUCAUUAGCGAUUUCAAAAUUUGGAGACAGAAAAAGAUACAUAUAAUACAUUGUGUCAAAUAGUUUAUGACAAUAAUUUUAAAUGUUAAAUAAAAUAAUAUGUACCACAAAAACAGCCUUGCUAUUAUUUAAUGGUACAGUUGUUGAGAACUACUGGUCUAAAUAAAUAUAUUUAAUAAUAUAAUACCAA